UUAGAAUUAGUCGAUCUGCGGUAUUCGAUGGAUGACGUUUUCUUUUUAAUACCGUUGAACUGUCGCAUUGGCAUGCACACGUGCGGAGUAUCGAUGGCGAGCACCGUUUGAUUUUGCGCAGUGUUUUAAGUGGCUAAAGUGAUCGCUCGAUUCUCGUGCAUGCACAAUGAUUUUAAUUGCACAGAGUGACGAGAGAUCGUCGUGUGAGCGACCGAUUUCGAAAUGCGCGCAAUACAUGGGCGUGCUUGUGGCGACACUCGCCGCAUUCUCGAUUGGCACAUAUUUAUCAUGGACGUCAUCCGCCUUGCCACUUUAUAACACGAACGAUACGCUGUCUGUCAGCGAUCAGGAAGGUUCCUGGAUUUCUUCUUUGGUCCCUCUCGGUGCAAUUCUAACUGUUAUUCCGACGGGAAUAUUUGCGGAUAAGAUUGGUAGGAAGAAGACGAUUUGGAUAACGACCGUGCCUUUAUUUCUUUGUUGGUAUAUUAUCGGAUUUGUGCAGAGUAAGAUAUGGAUUUUCUUGGCUCGGUUUGUUGCGGGGGCAGCAUGCGGUGCAGCAUCUGUCGUUGUUCCCAUGUUCGCUUCUGAGAUUGCCGAGCAGAACAUUAGAGGCUUCCCUGGCAUCAUUUUUCAAUUGCAGAUUACUGCCGGAAUUCUCUUCGCAUAUUCUACUGCUUUUACUGAUAGCUUGCAUGUCAUCGCGAUACUUUGUUCCGUGGCGCCCGCUUUGCUUUUGAUUUUCUUCCCAUUCGUACCGGAAUCACCAGCGUGGCUGGUUAUGCAAGGUCAGAAGAACGAGGCAAAUAUUGUGCUAAAACACUUCAGGGGAAUUCGUUAUGGCACUGAAGCAGAAUUGACCAGGCUCGAGCUUCAGACCUCAGAAAUGCGAGAAAUCGAACCAAAUAUUUCGGAUUUGAAGAAUUAUCAAAGAGCGACCUGCAUUAUACUCGGUCUAAUGUUUUUCCAACAACUCUCCGGUGUUAACAUUCUGAUAUUCUACGCAAAAAAGAUCUUCGACGAUGCGGGCUCAAUUCUGAAUUCAUCUACGUCAUCAGUAAUAAUAGGUGUCGUACAAGUGAUUGCUACCUAUUUUUCAACUGUUUUGAUUGAGCGCGUCGGUAGAAAGCUAUUAUUAUUUAUUAGUGCGUCAGUGAUGGCAGUUUGUAUGUUCACAAUGUCAGGAUAUUUUCGUUUCCAGAGCUCUCACGAUCUCUCGAGCUUCUCUUGGAUCCCUCUGCUCUCGUUCGCAGUAUUCAUCGUAAUUUUCAGUAUCGGCUUUGCUCCCGUACCAUGGUUGAUGGUCGGUGAGUUGUUCACAAACAAUGUGAAGAGCGUGGCAAAUACUGCCGUGAUGUGUAACUGGACGUUGGCCUUUCUCGUGACAAAGUGCUUUCAGGACAUAGUGAAUCUCAUGGGAAUCUCCUCGUCAUUCGCUAUAUUCGGCAUGAUAAGUUUAAUCGGAACCAUAUUUGUUUCUGUGAUGGUGCCAGAAACGAAUGGCAGAAGUCUCGAGGAAAUUCAAAUCGAGUUGUAUGGGACGCAAAUUAGGAUCCCGACGGAAGACCCAGAGCAGCGAGAAAAACAUAACAAAACUUAAUAAAAUAAUUACUGAAUCAAAA